UCUUCUUUAUAUAUAUAAUUCAUAUCCGAUGAAAGCAUUCAGAUGUUAAUGAUACGCAACAAUAAUCAAUCUUUCUUCUUCCUAAAUUUCUUGCUCCUAGUAAUCUUCACCACCAGUUGCAGCACUAUGUCGACUCUUCUCGGUGGUCUACGUGAUUCUCUUACAUCAGAACAGAACAGCGCCGAGAUCGACGAACUUGCCCGCUUUGCCGUCGACGACCACAACAAGAAGCAGAAUUCGUUGAUUCAGUUUGUAAAGGUAGUGAAAGCACAAGAACAGGUUGUUGCUGGGACUUUGCAUCAUCUUACUAUUGAAGCCGUAGAUGGAGGCAAUAAGAAACUAUAUGAUACAAAGAUAUGGGUAAAGCCAUGGAUGAACUUCAAGGAAGUGCAAGAGUUCAAACAUGCCGACUCUGGUGCUCCUUCAUUGACUUCAUCAGAUCUUGGUGUUAAAAAAGAUGGGCAUGCUCCAGGAUUUCAAGUGGUGCCAUCCCAUGACCCAAUGGUGCAGGAUGCUGCAAAUCAUGCUGUUAAGUCAAUUCAACAGAGGUCCAAUUCACUAUUCCCUUAUGAACUCUCAGAGAUCCUCCAUGCCAAAGCUGAGGUUUUGGAGGAAAGUGCAGUGUUUGACAUACUACUUAAAUUGAAAAGGGGUGAUAAGGAAGAGAAAAUGAAGGUGAAGGUACACAAGAACAAUGAAGGUGCCUUUGUUUUGAAUCAUAUGGAACCUGACCACUCCACUUGAACCUCAACUCAGCAAAUAAAACUGUUUUUUGUUUUUGGGAAUGUUGUUGGUGUGUGACUUUUUCUGUAUAACUAAAACAGCUUUCAUCUGAAUAUAUAUAUUUAUGUUUUGACUUAA